AUGUCCAAUGGGAAGGGUUCGUUUGUUACCAUCAGGGGUCAAAUAAUCUCUCUAGAAUCAAAAACAGAAUCGCUCUUAUCUCGUUAUUCAACAUUUGCACAAACAACCAGCUCACAAGCAUCACAAGAAGAAAAAUCUCUGGAUACUCAGAUUGAACAAAAACUAUUCAAGAGGCAAGAAAUAGUGGAUUCUCUAAAUGGCAUAAUCGAAUCCAAUCCAAAUAUUUCAUCUUCAAAAUUAUCUCAAUUGCAACGUCAUAAGGAGGUAUUACAAGAUCAUUGGAAGAACUUCCGUAAUAUUAGAUCUUCCAUUCAACAAGAACGCAAUAGAUUGAACUUAUUGUUCAGUGUUAAGAACGAUAUUGCCCAACAUAGUAACAAUAAUUUGACAAAUGAAGAUGAAAACGAAUACAUUCAAAAUGAAUCAAGAAGGAUUGAUCAGUCACAUAAUAUGAUGGAUAGACUGAUUAUGCAGGCAGUAGAAACGAGGGAGAGUUUUAUGAACCAAUCACAUUUGUUGCAUAAUGCAAAUAAUAGAAUCUUACAAACUUUACAAAGAGUCCCAGGUUUAAACCAAGUGAUCUCGAAGAUUAACACAAGAAGAAAGAAAAAUGCUGUUAUAUUGGCUACUGUGACAACUCUAUGUAUACUAUUCCUAUUCUUUACUUGGUAA